AUGCAUAUUUCAGAGAAGCUUGCCCGCUCGAGGGCUGAAGGGAAGCCUACCUUCUCCUUCGAGUUCUUUCCGCCGAAGACCGCCCAGGGCGUCCAAAACCUUUACGACCGCAUGGAUCGCAUGCAUGGCUUCGGCCCCCAAUUCAUUGACAUCACCUGGGGCGCCGGCGGCCGCCACUCGAAGUUGACUACCGAGAUGGUCAAGGUAGCCCAAACUGUAUACGGACUCGAGACACUGAUGCACCUGACCUGUACCGAUAUGGAACGAUCAAAGCUCGACGAAGCCCUCAACGACGCCUAUCAGGCCGGCUGCACCAACAUUCUUGCCCUGAGAGGCGACCCUCCGCGUGAAAGAGAGAAGUGGGAGGCUACAGAGGGCGGCUUCCGCUACGCAAAGGAUCUGGUCAAAUACAUCAAGGACAGAUAUGGCAACCACUUUGACAUUGGUGUGGCGGCAUACUCGGAAGGAUGCGACGACAACGACGAUGUUGACGAGCUCAUAGAUCACCUGAAGGAGAAGGUCGAUGCAGGUGCCACUUUUGUCGUAACUCAAAUGUUCUACGACACCGAUAUCUUCCUCGAUUGGGUGGAGAAAGUACGCGCUAAGGGUGUCGAUGUACCCAUUGUACCAGGCAUCAUGCCGAUCCACACCCAUGCAGCCUUCCUGCGCAGGGCGACCUGGACCCGUUGUAACGUCCCAAAGAAGUGGACUGAGGCGUUGGAGCCUAUCAAGAACGACGAUGUACAGGUUCGUGAGGUCGGUUCUGAACUUGUUGCAGAGAUGUGCCGCAAGCUGAUCGAUGCCGGCAUCCUGCACUUGCACUUCUACACCAUGAACUUGGCACAAGCCACACGUAUGGUCCUCGAAGAGCUUGAGCUCCUACCUGACGUCGAGUCCCCGCUUGAAAAGCCCCUUCCAUGGCGGCCAUCUCUCGGCCUCAACCGCCGCGAUGAGAACGUACGACCGAUCUUCUGGCGCAACCGCAACCGAUCCUACGUCGCUCGCACACAAGAUUGGGACGAGUUUCCCAACGGCCGAUGGGGAGACUCUCGAUCGCCUGCCUUUGGUGAAUUAGACUCCUACGGGGUUGGGCUGAAGGGCACAAACGAGCAGAACAUCAAGCUCUGGGGCACGCCGACUUCGAUCCAGGACAUCUCUAAUCUCUUCGUUCGAUACAUGCAAGGCGACCUCGAGUCCCUGCCAUGGAGUGAACAGGCGAUCACUGAGGAGGCGAAUGCCAUCCAGCAGGACUUGGUAGAUUUGAACAGACGUGGUUUUUUGACCAUCAACUCGCAGCCGGCUGUCAACGGCGCCAAGUCGUCUGAUCCGACAUUUGGAUGGGGUCCUCGCAACGGUUACGUUUACCAGAAGUCUUACCUCGAAGUCCUCGUAUCUCCCGAGUACAUUGCCGAGGUCAUCACACGCGUCGAGCGCGAUCCCGAGUUCACGUACUACGCAGUGAACAAGACCGGCGAUCUGAAGACGAAUGCUCCUAGUGAAGGACCCAAUGCCGUUACGUGGGGUGUAUUCCCUGGUAAGGAGAUCGUUCAGCCUACCAUCGUUGAGACGGUCAGCUUUCUCGCCUGGAAGGACGAGUUUUACCGUCUGGGCCAGGACUGGGCCAACUGCCACGCCAGCACCAGCCCUGCGAGAUACGUCAUCGGCGACCUAAUCGACAACUGGUACUUACUCAAUAUCGUUCAUAAUGAUUUCCACGUUACCAGUGGCAUCUUCCCACUCUUCAACGGUCUGAAGGUUGAAGGCAUGGACAAGAAGUUCGAGAGCGGAACCAGUGCCACCAACGGCCACGCAGAGGCGAAUGGGACUAACGGUGCCUCGAAUGGCGAGAAUUCCGGAGCUCAGAAGGACCCGAAGGAACAGAAGGACGAGCAGUCCCUCCUCGAGACCGCCAAGGCUGCCGCCGUUGAGUUCACCAAUGGCAUCAAGAACCUCUCAGUCUCGAACUCCGACUAA